UACUAACAGCCUGACACUAGUCAGACCCGUCAGACUGGUCUAGUAACCGCUUGGUGCCGCCUGUGGGAGAGAAACACGGAAGAGUUCAUUCAAGGCGUUUGGGGAUCCUCGCGGACACACGUACACGAGUUUCUCCCGGUAAACAUGCUUCGGUGACGCUUCUCCAAUGCGUCCUCGCGUUUUACUCUCAUUCGCAGCGGUUUUAAGUGGAGAUGUCUGGAAACACUUUACUGCAUGGCCUGAUUCUCUUAUAUUCAAUUCACCCGCUCGUGCUCGCCGAAAAACCGGAUGAUGGCUGUGGUCAUUAUGUCCUUGGUCAAGAGAGUGGUGUCUUGUCCUCCAAGAACUACCCAGGAACUUACCCCAACAACUCCUGGUGUGAAUGGCGGAUCCAAGUACCAAUUGGCCACACUAUUGUCCUUAAGUUUGGAGACCUGAACAUGGAGAAGAAGGACUGCGAGUCUGACUAUUUGAAGGUUCUGAAAGGAUCGUAUGGGGUAGAAAAUGUUUACUGGGAGUACUGUGGUGGUCCGAUGUCCCAAGCUACGCCGAUUCACACGGACUCCAGCGAGCUGACCGUCCGCUUUCGCAGCAGCCAGCACAUCUCUGGAAGAGGAUUUCUGCUUUCAUACUCCACUGAAAACCACAAAGAGCUGCUGACAUGCUUGGACAGAGGCAGUCAUUUCCCAGCAGCAAAGUACAGGAAGUACUGUCCGGCCGGAUGUGCAGCGGUGACGGGAGACGUGUCUGGGGACAUUUCCCUGGGCUACAGACAUACAUCAGUUUUGUGUAAAGCAGCGGUGCAUGCUGGGGUCAUCAUGGACCAGUUUGGGGGACCAAUCACAGUGGAGGAGCGGCGAGGGCUCAGUCAUUACCCUGCGGUCAGAGCCAAUGGCAUCCAGUCAAAAGAUGGCUCGUUGUCUGAAACCCUCUUCAGAUUUGUGACAAACGAUUGCAGCCAACAGACUGUUCUUCAACCUGUGAGCACUACUACAAGCUUGUCAUCACACAACAUCUCCUCUGACAGGUCUGAAGUCGACUGGUUUCCUAACAGCACCCAACCAGGUGUUGCUGAUGACCUUAAUAUUAACCAUCCAAUCUGGCUCCAGAUUGACCUCAGAGAAAAGAGGAGGAUCACAGGUAUUCUGACCACAGGCUUGACCAUCGCAGGCUUUGAAUAUUUUGUAAAAAACUACAAGAUCGAGUACAAAGAGAGGAGUCGCUGGCGAACAUUUGUCCAGUAUAAUAACUCUGAUGAAAUGAUCUUUGAAGGAAAUACUGACAGCCUCCACCAAACACGCAACACCUUCCAUCCCUCCAUCGUAGCACGAAGUAUUCGAGUCGUACCUCAACAAUGGCACCGGAUAAUCGCUAUGAGAUUGCAGCUACUGGGCUGUCCUUACGUUAAACCCAUCCCAGUGAAUUCAUCAUCUCCGGUCACACAGGAGGUCCGGCCUACACAGUCCAUUCACAGUGACAUGACCAAACCAGUGGCCUCUCAGGCUGAUCUUGUUAAUCUGGUCAUAAUAAUUGUGCCAACCAUUCUGCUUGUGGUCCUGCUCCUUGUAGGAAUCUGCGUGGUUAAAAUGCUAUACAAUAAGAAGACAAAGGAGAACACGUAUGGCUCUGCGGAGACGCAUACAGGCUGUUGGAGGCAGAUAAAACAGCCGUUUGCCAGGCACCAGUCCACAGAGUUCACCAUCAAAUACAGCUCAGAGAAAGACCCCGUCCAGAAGCUGGACCUGGUAACCAGUGCAAUGGCAGCUGAGUACCAGGAGCCUCUCAUGCUCGGCACAGACACCGUGUCCCGAAAAGGCUCGACGUUCAGACCCAUAGACACUGAGGCCAAAGACAAGGACAUCGAGGCUACUUCUCACUACGACCACCUGCAGACGGGCAUCCAGUAUGCCCUGCCACUGACCAAUCAGGAGCCAGAGUACGCUACGCCUAUCAUCGAGCGGCACGCCUUCCGCAAAGAUCCUUUCCUUCCAGAUCCCAGCUACAGCGUCCCAGGCGUGGUACUAAAUAAAAGCCCGUCGUUUCGAGCGGUGGAGGGCAGUAACUGUAGGAAAGUGAUCGGAGGGCUGGCUGGGGGCUACCAGAUGCCCCACGUCAAAACAGACAGGGGGAAUUACCCAGAGGACAUCUACGACAGCCCUAAAAUCCGGAAACCCGUCAUGCAGAACGGGAGUUGCUCGGAAUACAAGAGACCCCAGAUUAAAUCUCCAGUUCAAGAGUGCUAUUCCACUCCCAGAGACUGCGUCAGACUGCCUUUCUCCGGACUCAGACCGGACCCGGAGGGCAGUAGGUCCGACCCAGAGGGCAGCAGCUCCGAAGGAAGCUGAGAAGAACCACACUGUGAUGUGCCUGAUUUACCUGACUCAACAAAACCACCUCCAGACUCUUUAACUUAUUUGUGCAUGAGGGACAACUUGUUUUUGCAUUUUUGCGGAGGCCGUAACGGAUGCCAUCAGUUUGUGUAAUUUAACGUUUUUUUUGUAUAUAUGAUGUAUUUUGCCUUGACAUAUGAAGAUUUUUUUUUUGUUUAAUUGUCCUGUUUGUUCCCCAUUCAUUCCCUACGGACACAAACUGUGAAUGUGAGCCAGAUUUUCAUGCAUUUAACAAUGUGACCAUCAUCUCAAUUUUCUCAGACUCUGCUUUGAACAUCCCUAAAGGGCAAUUUCACUGAUUUUUCAACCAGCUAUGUUUUAAGCUGUCAUUAGUAUUAUGUGUAUGCACAGUGUUUACUCUUUCUCCAUUUAUUUGUCAGCAAGACAUUUGACAGCCAGGUGAUGUGUUUUGCACAAUCUGACAGACUUUUGUUGACAUAAACUGGUAUAUUUGGGUGCAGGUAACAUGGAGAAAGACUAUACAUUGUUUAUUUCGAUAUACUACUGACAUUUUAACAAUACAAAGCUGGUUGAAAACCGGAAAAGACUCUCUUAACCAUUACAUUGAGGGCUACGGACAAAAAAGAUCUCCUGUUGGAAGGAGGAGAUGUUUUGGAGCUGGAGUAACAUAAAUUCCUGAGCAGUUACUUUGGUCCGUCUCCUUUAGGACCAAGAACCUCUCCAUGUUCAUGUCUCUACACCAAUCAAAACACAUGAAAUUUGUAUGCUUACAUUACAUUAGAUUUAGCCAUUUUGGAUCACUUUUCAUCUCUUAUACUGCUGUAUGCAAUCACGUUGUUGAAUCUCAAAGGUUUUUUUCAUGCUGAAUAUUGUUUCAUUCACUUUGUUGUUUUGGACUCCUCUUGUUCCAUGUGAAAACUGGCUGUUUAAAGCAAUAACAGACUAAAAUUGAUUAUUUUGUACUGUCUUUAUUUGGAUUGUCUAGAGGAAUAUACAUAUGUAUGUACAGUUUUGAAAUGUAUAUUUAGGUAAAAAAACAAAACAAAAAGUGGUGUUACUUUGUGCUGUCAAUGAUUAUUUAAAGGGAUAGUUCACUCAACAAUUGUUGUUUAUUCAUUCUCAUUUAAUUCAAAACCCAUAUGACUGACUUUCUUCGGUGGAACAUGAGAAGAAAUGAUAAACUGUGUAUGAAAGUGAGAGGCUGUCAAGUUUGAAUGUCAUUUUUUUUAAAUUUCAACAUUUCUUCUUUGAGUUUCACGGAAGAGAGAACUUCAUACUGGUUUGGAGUGAAUGAUGAAGGUAUUUGUGUUUUUAGGUGGAUUAUCCCUUUAAGCAUCCAGAAGAUCUGUGAGUUGCUGCUGUUUAAGGGACAAUCCCUGUUAAAGAUUACUGACAGGUCUUAAUUUCUGUGAAAUGUUUUGGGGGAUGUGCUGAUGGUUAAUGUUUGAUAUGCGCCUGAGGAUCUGGUCAUGCUGGUGUGUUGAAGUGCUUUGCCACUGAGCAUCUCAGUGCUGUGUUUGUGCUUGUCUAAACCCUGAUUAAAAGCACCAGUAGCUCAA